AUCCAAUAUUUUGACAACACAUCGAGUAUAGAGUCGGAGUUAUUAAAAUUUAUAUAUAAUUGUCAUUUGAUAUUAAUAAGCAAUUGUGAUAACGUACAUCUGUUAAUCAAUUCUUUAGUAAUGGAGGGACUGGAAGCAAAAACAUCUGUUUCUACCACUCAUGAAAAGAAAACUUUACAAUUAGAUGAGCUUCCAAGAGAAGACCUGAUACUAAAAUGUAGAAAUCUAUUGGGAAUAGCUAAGAAAGCUAAAGCUGCCAAAGACGAGGCACUAAACGAAUUAAAGUUAAUUAAAGCUACAAAUGCAGAGCAAACAGAAUGUAUAAAUUCACAGAAAAAAUCUUUAGAAACAUUACAAGAAUUGAUAGACAGCCUUACAGCAGUAAAGCUUGAAAAUGUGACAAAACUGAAGCAAUUGGAGGAUGAAUUAAAAUCUAAAGAUAAAUUGAAAGAAGAACUAACUCAGUCCAUUAAUGAAGCUUCAAUUGAGAAAGAAGGAUUAAAACGGCAAGUUCAACGAUUAUCUGAUGAAAAUGAUUCCUUGCUAGCACAACUCCAAGAAUUAGAAAAUGACCAAAAUAGGGACAUUAAAAAAGAUCAUCAAACGGAAGUUGAGAAAUUAAAUAACUUCAUAACCGAUCUGUCGAAAAAGUAUGAAGAGAAAGUAAAUGAAAACAUUUCCCUCCAAGAUUUGGUUGAGAAAAAUUCUACUAAAAUUAAAAAGUUAAUUCAAGAAGUAUCGGAACUAAGAGAGCCAGUGUUGUCACAAGACGAAUCAUUAAACUCCGCUGUACAUGUCAGAGCUCAAUAUGAAAAAUGUGUUAGAAAACUUAAAGUUUAUCGCGAGAAGAUCUGUGGGAUUUCAGAAAGAUUCGAACUUUUGAAGAGUGAUAAAGAUGUUCUUGUUUCUACCACAAAAGAAUAUUCGCGAUGCAUUUCUAAAUGGCAAAAAGAAAUAGCCGAGUCAUCAACAAGAAUGAUUGCUAUCAUAAAGAAAUCCAAUCAAGAUAUUUUGAGUAGAGACGAAGACAUAGCGAAGUUGACAAAAAAGAUUCAAGAUUUAGAAUCUUCAGCUACCACAGCGACUGAAAGCACCAACAAUUCGAAUCAAGAUUUUGAGAGUGAAAUUCAAAAAUUAAAAAAUAUCAUCGAAGAGAAAGAAAAAAGUUUUGAAGAAGAACGAAAGAAAUUUAAAAGUACUGCAAAGAAACCAACCGUCCUUGAUCUAGAGAUAGAAGCUUACGAAAAAACCUUAGAUGAACUUAGCAAGAAGUUGGAUGCUAAGAAAUCUCAAACAAAUGAAUUAGAGGAAACAAUUAAAGUACAGAACGAAACAAUGAAUUCAAUGAAAAGUCAAAUUUCAACACUGGAAGCCAAUUUGAAUGCAGAAAAAUCUCAUUCAACUGAAAUAAAGAGUAACCUUGACAGUCAACUUAAUUUAUCACGUAAAUCGGAACACGAAAAAACUGAAACAAAAUUGCAAUUAGAAUUGCAAAUUAAAAACUAUGAAGCUCUAAAGUUGGAAAAUGGCGAAAUAAAACUUGAAAUGGCACAAAUGAUGGGUGACUCAGAAAAACGUUAUCAAAUCUUAGAGUCAGAACGUAAUGAGCUUCUGAAGAAUAUUUGUUUUGUUGAGAGUGAAGUUGAUAAGUUUAGAAAACUUUCGUCAUCACAAGAGAAAGAAAUUGACAGUUUGCGUGCUGAAUUUUCUAGUUACAAAAUAAGAGCACAAAAUGUGUUACGACAAAAUCAAACGAAGGACCUCGGUGAAGAGCAGGAGCUUAAGGAUGAAGUCAUUACACUUCAUAAGACUUUGGAAGACAUGAAAAUAUCAAAUGAUAAAACCGCAUUAGAAAUGGAAAGUUUGAAGAAAAACUUUUCUGAUGUUUUAGAUGAUAAAAAUCGUUUACAAACACGAUGUAACGAUUUAUUGACGGCUUUGGAAAAACAAAGUGAUGAAGUUUUAGAUGAGACCCGAACGAGAAACCAACAGCAUGACGAAGCAAUUAAAGCUUAUCAACUUCAAAUCGAUACAUUAAAUGCCUUUUAUCAGAAGAAAGUUCAAGAGACAGAAGAAAUUAGCGCGACAGCAAUAGCAGAACUUAAAGCUAAGCUUCUGAAACUAGAAAAAGAUUCAGAGACAGUACGUCAUCAGUCAUCAGUAGAAAAUGCUAUUGAUCAGCAUAUUUUCUAUCCUAGGAAUGAAGAUCAGAAAAUAAGCAUGUCACUUCUUGAUCGUGAAGAAGCGGAAGGAAGUGAAGAUCAAUUAUCACAAUCUUCAGCAUUUCUUCAGCAAAAUUCUAGAAAAACUUCAAGAAUCAGAGAUCUCAUGCCUUUAGAUGAACUUUUAAAUUCAUCUUUUGACGAUAACUUGAAUGAAGUAAGUGAUCGUAAAAUCUCAACAAAUUCAAUUUCUUCUGAAAUCUUCGAAAAUGUCAAAGCUAAUUUGUCAAAAGAACAGAAUCGUGUUUCACAUCUGACGAUGCUAUUAGCCGAUGCAGAGAAGGAUCUUGCUCGUAUGCAGCAAUUAAAUGAUUUGUUGAAGGAAGAAGUAAGGAGACAACAGCGCAACUUUGAUCGUGAAGAGCACAUUAAAAAUUCAGAAUAUUUGAAAAAUAUUGUCGUAAAAUUUGUAACACUUAACAACGGCGAUGAAAAGCAGCGACUUAUUCCCGUUUUAAACACAAUUUUAAAAUUAAGUUCUGAAGAAAAUCAUUUACUUCAAAAUGCUUGCAAACCUGGAUGGGCAUUGUGGUCAAAGUAAAUUUUAUUUUUAAACAUUUAAAGCAUAUAUUCUAUCUUAUACCUGUAGCCACACCAAAUAUUGCGAAGUUGUGAAAAAUAAAUGAAAUUGUUUCUUUAUUACAAUUAAAACAAAACAAUAUAAUUAGGGGAAGUUUUAUUUAAAUUGAUUAACUUUAUCAUAAAAUCAAAGCUAUCAUCGAAUAAAACAUAAAUAAUGAAACAC